AUGCGCGCGCUUAACGCGCGCUUUCGCGAGGUGAAUAACCUGGUCAAGCGCAAGGGCGACGCGGAUGAAAAGCUUCGAGGUCUCACGGUGGUCUCCACCGAGAUGGCUAAGUACAAGGAGAUGACCGUCAAGCAGCUGAUGGCUCAGCUCGAGAAGACCAACAAGGGGCUUAGCAAGUUUGAGCAUGUCAACAAGAAGGCCAUCGAUCAGUACACGACGUUUACCGAUCAGCUGCAAGAGCUUCAAGCCAAGAAGACCAUCAUCGACGAGUCAAAGGAAGCUGUGGAAAGGUUCAUCGCUUCUGUGGAUGCACAGAAGGAUGAGACACUGAAGCAGACCCUGAACCGAGUGGAUGCGCACUUUCGGGACGUCUUCGCUCACCUGGUCCCUGGUGGUGUGGGAAAGCUGCAAAUGUUAAACACCAACGACCAGGUGGAUGAGGAUGGAGUCCGAAAUGUGGAGGACGAGGACGCGACCCGCGGGGUGCGCAUUGAGGUCUCCUUCACUGGCCAGCAGACCUCCUUCCUCACCAUGAACCAACUGUCUGGAGGGCAGAAGACAGUUGUAGCCAUUUCUUUGAUCUUCGCCAUCCAACGUCUCGAGCCGGCACCCUUUUAUCUCUUCGAUGAGAUCGAUGCGGCACUGGAUGCCCAGUACCGCACCGCAGUGGCCAGGCUCAUUGCACGAGACGCCAAAAAUGCUCAGAUGGUCCUCACUACCUUUCGGCCCGAAAUCAUUGAGACGGCCGACCGCUUUUACCGUGUGUACCAAAAGAACCGCGUGAGCCGCAUCGAAUGUGUGCCUCGUGCUGAAGCCAAGCGAGUGAUCGAGGAGGGGCUUCCAGUCGUGGGAAGGGAACUGUCGGACAUCCGACAAGAAUUUGAGAUGUUGUUCAGUGAUGCUGAAGGGGCCCUUUUGGGCGGAGGUCGAUGGACGUGUUUCGUUGAACCUCCAGUGAUGGGAAAGAAGAGAAAGAAGAGCUCCAGCUCAUCCUCUGAGUCGGAAGCCUCGGAAGCCUCCGAGAAGAAGCAGAAGAAGGCGGCGCCCAAGCCCAAGGCGGCGGGAGGUCCUCGCUUCAAUGCCUUCGCAGACUCAGAUGAUGAAGGAGGCGCCGGGGCCUCCGCGGCGCCGGACGGCGUGACGUCCAAGGCGGGGCUCAGCACGGCCACGGCGGCGGAUGCCUUCACCAAGAAGCAGUGGGAGGUGGUGCAGAGACUGAAGAUCAAUUACCAGGACCAAGUUGAUAAGAAAAACAAGAAAGAGGAGAAACUGAGGAGGAAGCUUGAGAAGAAGCACCGAGAAAAGGAGCUCAAGAAAGCCAAAGAAUUGGCGGAGGAAGAAGAGGCCGCGGCCGAGGCGGCCGCCUCGGAAAAGGCGAUGAUGCUGGAGCAGCAAACCAAAGAACAGAAGGAGAAGCAGCGCUUGGAGCAGGAGAAGGCGGCGAUGCAGAGGAAGCUUGGGCCAAAAGGGCCCAGCAUGAAAAACAACAAGGCUCCGGGACAGGUGCUGUACAGUUCAGAUUUGCAGAUCGGUGAGUCUCAUGGGGGUGGCGCUGGAGCCAAUGUUUGAGGAGAUCUCCGUGGAUUGGCGUGCGGCCAUUCGCUCAAAGACCUGACUCUGCUGAAACAUGCGUCACGACGCUGCGACGCUCCGCUCCAGGCUGUUUGGCUGUUUGGCUGGCUGGAAUUCUUGG